GGUUGGGGCGGGGGGGGGGGGGGGCGUCCUGGCUUCGGGCCCCGAGCCUCCGAACCGCUGUCACCGCGAGGGGAGCACUGGCGGCCGGCAGCGCAGGGUUCCCCCGCCGAGCCCGGUGCGCAGACACCUCCUCCCGGCAGCGUCCCCCGCGGGAGGGGGGAGGAGGGGAAGGGGCGCAGGCGCACGGUCGCGGGGGGCGGGGAGCAGCCUUGGGGUGGGCAGCGCCGAGCCGGGAAAGAAACUUUUCCCUCCCGCCCUCCGCGUGGUCCCCGGCCCGUGCCGCCCCGCGCCGCCGGGACCUGCACCUGAGGCCCAGGCGCCAGGUCAGGGCCAGACUUUUUUUGGGGGGGGGCGGGGCCUUCGUGCAUUGGGGUCGCCUUCCCCUCCCUCUCCUGGCCGCCAGGGAGCUGGGGGGAGCGCGUCCUCCGGCGCCUCCAGCCCCGACAGCCCCCAGCCCGGUGGCUGCAAGCUGCACUGCCUCCCCCCCGCUGAGGGUGUGACCCCGGGACGCGGCGGUGGAGGCGGGGGCUUCCCCCGCGGCCCCCCGCCCCGCACACACGCCCGCCCCUCGCGGGAGCUGUCACCGGCCUGCCAGGCGCGGGCAGGGGCGGACAGGCGCUGCGGGGCGGCGGGCGCGGGCUCCUCCCGCCGGGCUUCCCAGCCCCGAGACCCGCAGCCACGGGAGGGGAGCGGGUGGCCGCUGCUGGGGGCGCCCGCGGCCUCUCCGCGCAGUUUGGCGCCGCCGCCACCCCCGCCCCCCGCGGGUAGCCGCGCUCGGGCUCAGAGCUCUGCCCGCCGCCGGGAGGGCGACAGCCGCGACUGUCAUCCUCUCCAUCCUCCCGCCGAGCGCCAACCUCGGACUCGCGGGCGGCGGCGGGAGGCUCCCCUCCCCGGCCCGCGCCCCAGCCUCCCACCAUGUCCUAGAAAAGCUAUGGAGACCAAGGGCUACCACAGCCUCCCAGAAGGCCUAGAGAUGGACAGACGGUGGAGUCAAGUGUCUCAGCCCAUGGAGCGUGCACCCCUGGGGCCCGUGGAGAGGACCGAGGAGGACAGCUACAUGGAGAUUGUCAACGUAAGCUGCUUAUCCGGUGCUAUCCCAAACCAUGGUGCACAAGGAAGCAGCAAAGAAAAACACCAACUCCUUCCUUGCGCCCAGCAGGACCCCCACAGGCCUGGGGUGUUGACAUCAGAUAUUAAAACUGAGCUGGAGUCCAAGGAGCUGUCGGCCACGGUGGCAGAGUCCAUGGGUCUGUACAUGGAUUCCGUGCGGGAGGCCGACUACGUCUAUGACCCUCAAAACCCCCAGGCCAGUGCGAGCCCCGCAAAGAUCUACCAAAACAUGGAGCAGCUGGUGAAAUUCUAUAAAGAAAAUGGCCACCGUCCUGCUACCCUGGGCAACAUGGGCCGGCCCCUGAGGUCCUUUCUGUCAGACUCGGGGGGCUCUGUGAACGGCGGUGGCAUGCGUGCCCUGGUGAAGAGCCCCAUCGUGUGCCCUGAGAAGAGCCCCUCGGUCUGCAGCCCCCUAAGCAUGCCCUCUUCUUCGGUCUGCAGCCCCACUGGGGCCAUCAACUCUAUGUGCGCCACCCCAGCCAGCUUUGGCAAUUUCCCAGUGCACAGCCCGGUCACCCAGGGGACUCCCUUGACGUGCUCUCCCAACAUGGAACCACGGGGCUCCAGGUCUCACAGCCCAGCACAUGCCAGCAACGUGGGCUCCCCGCUCUCUAGUCCAUUAAGUAGCAUGAAGUCCCCCAUCUCCAGUCCCCCGAGUCACUGCAGUGUCAAAUCUCCCGUCUCCAGUCCCAACAACAUCCCCCUGCGCUCCUCAGUGUCCAGCCCGGCCAACAUCCACAACUCAAGGUGCUCCGUCUCUAGCCCUUCCAACACCAAUAACAGAUCCACGCUCUCCAGCCCCACGGCCAGCACCGUAGGGUCUAUCUGUAGCCCUCUAAACAAUGCCUUCAGCUACUCUGCUUCUGGCACCCCUGCUGGAGCCGGGGCGGCCCGGGACCUGGCUCCCAGUCCAGACACACAGGAGAAAGGUGCUCCCGAGGUCCCUUUCCCCAAGACUGAGGAAGUGGAGAACGCCAUCUCCAAUGGCGUGACGGGCCAGCUCAGCAUCAUCCAGUACAUCAAGCCGGAGCCUGAUGGAGCUUUCAGCAGCUCCUGUCUCGGAGGAAGCAACAGUAAACUAAGUUCUGAUCCCCCCUUCUCAGUACCAAUCAAGCAGGAGUCAGCCAAGCACUCAUGUUCGGGCACCCCUUUCAAAGGGAACCCACCUGUCAACCCAUUUCCCUUCAUGGACGGCUCCUAUUUCUCCUUCAUGGACGAUAAAGACUACUACUCGCUUUCGGGAAUUUUAGGGCCACCGGUGCCGGGCUUUGACGGGAACUGUGAAGGCAGCAGCUUCCCCAUGGGGAUUAAGCAGGAACCGGAUGAUGGUAGCUAUUACCCGGAGGCCAGCAUCCCUUCGUCUGCCAUUGUGGGGGUGAAUUCAGGUGGACAGUCCUUUCACUACCGGAUUGGUGCUCAAGGUACAAUCUCUCUGUCACGAUCGGCCAGAGACCAGUCUUUCCAACACCUGAGUUCCUUUCCUCCUGUCAGCACUUUAGUGGAGUCCUGGAAGCCACAUGGUGACCUGUCAUCUAGACGGAGUGAUGGCUACCCAGUGCUAGAAUACAUUCCAGAAAACGUUUCAAGCUCUUCUUUACGAAGUGUUUCCGCUGGAUCCUCAAGACCUUCCAAAAUAUGUUUGGUGUGUGGGGAUGAGGCUUCAGGAUGUCACUAUGGGGUGGUCACCUGUGGCAGCUGCAAAGUCUUCUUCAAAAGAGCGGUGGAAGGUAAAUAUUCAUGGCAACACAACUACUUAUGUGCUGGAAGAAAUGAUUGCAUCAUUGAUAAAAUUCGUCGGAAGAAUUGUCCUGCCUGCAGACUUCAGAAAUGUCUUCAAGCUGGAAUGAAUUUAGGAGCCCGAAAGUCCAAGAAGUUGGGCAAGUUGAAAGGGGUUCAUGAGGAGCCAUCCCAGCAGCAGCAGCCCCCUCCCCCACCGCCCCCCCAGAGUCCCGAGGAAGGGACCACGUACAUUGCCCCAGCGAAGGAGCCCUCGGUCAACACAGCCCUGGUCCCUCAGCUCUCAGCCAUCUCCCGAGCACUUACUCCGUCCCCUGCUAUGAUUCUGGAAAACAUCGAACCGGAAAUCGUGUAUGCAGGCUAUGACAGCACAAAACCAGACACUGCUGAAAACCUACUUUCCACUCUGAACCGCCUGGCGGGCAAGCAGAUGAUCCAGGUGGUGAAGUGGGCAAAGGUACUUCCAGGAUUUAAAAACUUGCCUCUUGAGGACCAAAUUACGCUAAUCCAGUAUUCUUGGAUGUGUCUAUCAUCAUUUGCCUUGAGCUGGAGAUCGUACAAACAUACGAACAGCCAAUUUCUCUAUUUUGCGCCAGACCUAGUCUUUAAUGAAGAGAAGAUGCAUCAGUCGGCCAUGUACGAGCUCUGCCAGGGGAUGCACCAGAUCAGCCUCCAGUUCGUCCGCCUGCAGCUCACCUUUGAAGAGUACUCCAUCAUGAAAGUCUUGCUGCUGCUCAGCACAGUUCCAAAGGAUGGCCUCAAGUGUCAGACUGCAUUUGAAGAAAUGAGGACAAAUUACAUCAAAGAACUGAGGAAGAUGGUGACUAAGUGUCCCAGCAAUUCUGGGCAGAGCUGGCAGAGGUUCUACCAACUGACCAAGCUCCUGGACUCCAUGCAUGACCUGGUGAGCGACUUGCUGGAGUUCUGCUUUUAUACCUUCCGCGAGUCCCAGGCCCUGAAGGUGGAGUUCCCCGCCAUGCUGGUGGAGAUCAUCAGCGACCAGCUGCCAAAGGUGGAGUCCGGGAAUGCCAAGCCCCUGUACUUCCACAGGAAGUGACCCGAGACACCCUGCCCGGAGAACUUUGCCUUAAGUUUCCCCGAGUUAAUCCACACCCAGGAGGGACCCCAGAAAUCCUCCUUGUCACCUGUGGUGGGCAAGCCACACGAGCCGGGAGUCACGUCCAGGGUCUGGAGCCGGGAAGCUGUGGGGCGUAGGUCUGGCAAGGCCCCAGCAAUGGGUCUUCAAGGAUUCCUCCCUCUCCAACCCCAGCGCUGAGACACUCGCUCCUGUCCCUCUGGAUGAAAAGCCAUAUCUAGUCAAUAACUCUGAUUUUGAUACUUUAACAGAUGGAGGUUUUAACUAUGCCAUGUAGUUUCUGCUCUGUUCGCUUGUUUUAAAAGGGUUCAAAGACUAACAGACUUUUUCAAGCUUACCCUUGGUUUGCACAUUAAAAAAAAAAGCAUAUAGUCGACAUGGGGCAUUAAUAUCCUUUUGUUAUUUAAAAAAAAACCCUACAGAUUCCUGUUGUGUAAGAACAGAACACGUGGCGUGGAACAGCAGCUGGGGGCCUCUGCACGGCCACCCCCACGUGCUUUCUGUAUCACUGGUAUAAAAAAAAACCCUUAGCGUCCAUUUAUUAUUUAAUUAGACUGGAUAAGAUGUUAAAAACAAAUGCCUUGGUUUCAAUUUCUAAGUAUCUAUUGUGUUGGCUUUACAAAUAAUUUUUUGCUGUGCUGUACAUUACUGUAUGUAUAAACUGUGAAGGCUCUGAAAUAUGGUAUAAGGAACUUUUUGUAAAUGAGACACAUACAAAAAAACUUUAAUGGUUAAUAGGAUGACUGGGAAAGUAUUUUUGAAAGAAUUCUAUUUUGCUGGAGACUAUUUAAGUACUAUCUUUGUCUAAACAAACAAGGUAAACUUUUUUUUUGUAAAGUGAAAUGUUCUGCAUGCAUAAUGAACCGUUUACAGUGUAUUUAAGAAAGGGAAAGCUGUGCCUUUUUUAGCUUCAUAUCUGAUUUACCAUUUUACAGUCUCUGUUGUAAAUAACCACACUGAAACCUCUUUGGUUGUCCUUAAGCCUUUCUACCUUUUCUGUACUCUGGUUCUGUCCUGGGUCUCCUGCUGGGGGUGUUGGUGGGACUGAAGCCUGGUUCCUGGCUUCUCUGUUCUGGCUAUAGUGGGGGUACACCCUGAGGUGGCCCUGCCACAACCCACAGGUGCCAGGGGGGUAACAGGCUUGUGAGAGAUGGUCCCAGGAGUCCUGUCCCUGGAGAAGCAGCACUGCUUCAGGGACAGUGGCUCGUGGAACAUCGUUCUCCAGUUGAGUAGAAUUUUCUCCUCGAGGGGGGAAAGAAAUGCCAUGCAUCCUCCACGUCCUUGUAAGGGAAGCAUUCCCUUCCUGGCCCAGUGGGCUCUGGGCUUCUGUACGCCAGGAGACAGAAGCACAUGGUCCUGCCAGGACACACACGGGCAAGAGUGUACUGGUCAGGUCCCAUCGGAGUGGCAUGGAGACCACAAGAUGACAAGGGGGUUUUUAGAUUUUUAAAAGGUAGGUUUUAAAAAUAAAUUUUAUACAUAAACAAUUUUAAGGGAAAGAAAAAAAAAAAAACCCUGCAGAUCAUAUAAGCAAGACAGUGGCACUAGGAUUUCUAAUUCAUGAGUCUGUUUGGCACUGAUGCAACUUACGGCUUUUCUCUUGCCCCCUCUCCCCCUUCCCCAGAUCACAAACCUCUAGCUGUUUGGGGAAAGUAACUGUAUGAUUGCACUAAAUAGACUACUUUGAAUAGAGGCCAAGUUAAUCUCUUGAAAGUGAUGAUAAUCAUCAGGUUCUCAGUGAAAUGGCUUCCCCUCCCCAAAGCUAAAGUGGGAGCAUCUCGAGGCCAGGAGAAGGGUUCCCCUUGCAGGGGACACCACCAUAGCAAGAGGACGGCUUGGCAAGGCUGACCUCAGUGGGAGUCUCUUACAUCUUUCAUGAUUUCAGGAGUUUGAUUUCUAGGCAGAACUUUCAAUACCGUCCACUUCCGCGCACAGCAAUAUGAAAGCCACACUUGGGAGGGAGGUAACAAGACACAUGCGUGCAGAUGGGUGUUCCCAGAAAAGGCUGAGCAACUUCUAGCUCUCUUUCUAAAGAGGUGGGAACUGUACCCAGGUCUUGUACUGAGGUUCCUGGCCCACUCUGCUUGAUGCGGCAGCAAAGCCAUAUUCUAGUAGAAAUUCACUGUUGAAUGCCUGUCCCAGUUCAAACUGUCUGUCUGCUCUUAUUUUUGUACCAUAUUGCUCUUAAAAAAACAAAAAAAAACAAAAAUCUUGGUUUGGUACAAUUCAUAAUUCACCAAAACUUCUUCAUAUAAUUAAACACACUAAAUUAGUUUAAAAUGAAGCAAUUUAUAUCUUUAUGCAAAAACAUGUCUGUCUUUGCAAAGGACUGUAAGCAGAUUACAAUAAAUCCUUUACUUUAAUCA